UACAAGUCCCGAUAGGCUUCGGGCACUUAGCUCUGACUGCACGUGCGCACACGGCUGCCCGCCGGAAGGACCGAGCCUGGCUGUGUUUAUCUCGUUGGGGACCGAGGUGUCGGUUGGCGCGCAACGGGUUCUAGACUGCAGGCAGCGCGAGGACCCGCGGCCCCGCCCCGGCCCGGCCUGGCAGGUAGCAGAGGCAGCAGGCCGUGCCGGGGGGGCAUGUGGCUGUGACCAGUGACCCAGGGGAUGUUACGGUGGACAGUGCACCUGGAGGGCGGGCCCCGCAGGGUGAACCAUGCUGCAGUGGCUGUUGGGCACCGGGUGUACUCCUUCGGGGGUUACUGCUCUGGUGAAGACUAUGAAACACUGCGUCAGAUUGAUGUGCACAUCUUCAAUGCAGUGUCCCUGCGUUGGACAAAGCUGCCCCCAGUGAGACCCUCCAUCCGUGGGCAGGCUCCUGUGGUACCCUACAUGCGGUAUGGACACUCGACCGUCCUCAUCGACGACACGGUCUUCCUUUGGGGCGGGCGGAAUGACACCGAAGGGGCCUGCAAUGUGCUUUAUGCCUUUGAUGUCAAUGCUCAUAAGUGGUCCACACCCCGAGUGUCAGGAACAGUUCCUGGAGCCCGGGACGGACAUUCAGCUUGUGUCCUGGGCAAGACCAUGUACAUUUUCGGGGGCUAUGAGCAGCUGGCGGACUGCUUUUCCAAUGACAUUCACAAGCUGGAUACCAGCACCAUGACAUGGACCCUUAUCUGUACAAAGGGCAACCCUGCACGCUGGAGGGACUUCCACUCGGCUACAAUGCUGGGCAGUCACAUGUAUGUCUUUGGGGGCCGUGCCGACCGCUUUGGGCCAUUCCAUUCCAACAACGAGAUUUACUGCAACCGCAUCCGUGUCUUUGACACCAGGACUGAGGCCUGGCUGGACUGUCCACCCACUCCGGUGCUACCCGAGGGCCGCCGGAGCCACUCAGCCUUUGGCUACAAUGGGGAGCUGUACAUCUUCGGUGGCUAUAAUGCAAGGCUGAACCGGCACUUCCAUGACCUCUGGAAGUUUAACCCUGUGUCCUUUACCUGGAAGAAGAUUGAACCGAAGGGGAAGGGGCCAUGUCCCCGCCGGCGCCAGUGCUGCUGUAUUGUUGGUGACAAGAUUGUUCUCUUUGGGGGUACCAGUCCAUCUCCUGAGGAAGGUCUGGGAGAUGAAUUUGACCUCAUAGAUCAUUCUGACUUACACAUUUUGGACUUUAGCCCUAGUCUGAAGACUCUUUGUAAACUGGCCGUGAUUCAGUAUAACCUGGACCAGUCCUGUUUGCCCCAUGACAUCAGGUGGGAGCUGAAUGCCAUGACCACCAACAGCAAUAUCAGUCGCCCCAUCGUCUCCUCCCAUGGGUAGGAGAACGUUGCUGCCGCCUCCCUUUCCUGAGCCUGCUAUUCUCUUCACUGCCCCUUCCCAUCCCUCACCUGCCUGCCCCUUUGGACCCUGGACUCGGUAUACCUCUGCGUGGAGUUGUUGGACUAGAGGUGUUUCCUGUGCUGUGAACUCAGUGGGGAGCUGUAGGGGGGAGGGCGAGAUCCCUCCCUCCCUUGGGCCGAGGGCCCCUUCCCCUUGGUGCUCUGUCCCAUACACCUCCUUCCAACUGCUCCUGGGCUUCUGCUCUGCCCCAGGCCAGCCAGGCUCUGCUGGGAAGCGAAGGAAAUGGGGAGAAGGGAGAAGCAAGCAGUGUCUGAGCCUCAGGAGCUUCCCCCCCGACCCUUGUUUCCACCCCCUCCCCUGCUUGAGCCAUGAGCAUCUAUUGAGAGCUGAGAGGAGUUGCAGCUGUUGCCAUGAAACCUCCUUCUCCCUGACCUGGGGAGGCGAGGACCAGCAGAUAAUCCCACCCUUCCCUGAGCUGUUGCUGUUCCCUGGCGCUCCCAGCCAGCUCAGAUUUUAUAAAAAUGAAUUAAAAAUCUC